AUGAAAACAAUGGCCACAAGAAAAAGGUAGAAACUUUCUAGAACCGACCCAGAUUUUGAAAAUGUGAUAAAGAGGUUAUUGUGUGUCCGAACUUUUCACACAAGAAUUGGAGGCUGUUUAAUAAGGAUAAUAAACAGAGGAAGGCUGGCUAAUGCAGAGCAGAUGGGCCUGAGGGGCAGUGCUCAGCAUUUCAACAUCUUCCCUUUGGACCUUUGGACUCAAGAUGACUGAGUGCUGGUUUCCUUGGCUAAAAAUAAAGGUAGUGUCCUUAGGGAAAUAAUAAAUUUGGCAGGUUUUGUUUCUGAGGUGGUUGGUAAACUAAACUUUUCAAGAAGCUACUAUAUUAUGGAGCCAGUUUUUGGCAUUCACUAA